AUGAAUGGUUUAUCAAAAGUAACAAGAUUUGCUAGCUCAACUAGAGCCUUUAAUCCAAGUUCAUUCAACAACACCACCACACAAUUAUACCCUGGAUUCAAAUGUUUGUCACAACAUACACGUAGUUUCUCAUUUUUGGGACAACCACAAUACAAAAAACAAUCACCAGAAUACCAUCGUAACAGUACCCUCUACGCUCACACCAGCAGAGACAAACUACUCAAGAUUGAAAAGGAAUUCAUACCAAUCGAACGCCAUCAACCACAAAACAUCUCUGAUAAUGUAGCUCGUUUUGCUGUCUGGUUAUUAAGAAAAGCUUCAAAUCUUGUAUUCAAAGAGAAAUAUAUUCAUUAUGCAUGUGUUUUGGAGACUGUCGCAGCAGUGCCAGGUAUGGUUGCCGGUAUGUUGCAACACUUGAAGACAUUGCGUCGUAUGGAGCACAACAACUGGAUCAAGAUACUUCUCGAUGAAGCCGAGAAUGAGAGAAUGCAUUUGAUGACAUUCAUGGAGAUUUCAAUGCCAACCAAGUUGGAACGUAAUCUAAUCACACUGGCUCAAGGUGCCUAUUGGAAUGCCUUCCUCUUGUUCUAUCUCAUCAGUCCAAAGACUGCUCACAGAUUCACCGGCUAUCUUGAAGAGGAAGCUGUCAUUACUUAUACAAAUAUGUUACACGAUUUAGAUGCUGGAAAAGUUGAGAAUGUAGAAGCACCACAAAUCGCUAGAGAAUAUUGGGGAUUGCCAGAUGAUGCUAAACUCCGUGAUGUUAUCUUGGUCAUUCGUCAAGAUGAGGUCGAUCACGGCCAUGUCAACCAUCAACUUUCAAAUAUGAUUGCAACUGGAAAUGAAGAUCCAGUGUUGUUUGAGUCACACGAUGAUCCAAUCAAUAUCAAUAUCGAGAAAGAAAAGCAACAUCAAGAUAAAUUACAUCACCAACAACAACAACAUAAAAAUUAA